AUGACCAUGCAACCUGCAAGUCAGGUGUGGUUUGGAGAAGAUCUGCCUCUAAGUCCACGGAGUCCUUUGACUCCCAGACAUGGACCAGGUUUGGCUGAUGUUUGUCAGUAUGAUGAGUGGAUAGCUGUGAGGCAUGAAGCCACUCUGUUGCCUAUGCAAGAAGAUCUGUCUAUCUGGUUAUCCGGCUUAUUAGGUAUUAAAGUUAAGGCAGAAAGGUUACUGGAGGAACUUGAUAAUGGAGUACUAUUAUGCCAACUGAUUGACGUUCUUCAAAACAUGGUGAAAACAUGUAACUCUGAAGAACCAAAGAAUUUUCCAAUGAAAAAAGUGCCCUGUAAGAAAGAUGCAGCAUCAGGUUCAUUUUUUGCCAGAGACAAUACUGCAAACUUCCUUCACUGGUGUAGGCACAUUGGGGUUGAUGAAACUUACCUUUUUGAAUCUGAAGGUUUAGUUUUGCACAAAGAUCCAAGACAGGUGUAUCUUUGUCUUCUUGAAAUUGGUCGAAUUGUGUCAAGAUAUGGGGUUGAGCCACCAGUAUUAGUAAAACUUGAGAAAGAAAUUGAGUUAGAAGAGACCUUGCUUAAUACUUCUGGGCCUGAAGAUUCCAUCAGGAUUCCAAAAUCGUGCUGUCAGCAUGAAGAGCUACAUGAAGCUGUUAGACAUAUUGCUGAAGAUCCUCCUUGUAGCUGUUCUCAUCGAUUUUCUAUUGAGUACUUGUCUGAAGGACGGUACCGACUAGGGGAUAAAAUACUCUUUAUAAGAAUGCUUCAUGGAAAACAUGUCAUGGUCCGUGUUGGUGGAGGCUGGGAUACUCUUCAAGGAUUUUUGCUUAAAUAUGACCCCUGUCGAAUAUUACAGUUUGCUACACUAGAACAAAAAAUUCUAGCAUUUCAAAAAGGAGUUUCUAAUGAAAGUGUUCCUGAUUUGCCUGCCAGAACACCUCAGCCUCCUGAGAUGAAUCCUUUGUCAGCAGUUAACAUGCUUCAGAAGCAAAAUUCAAAACCUGGCACACCAGUUGGUAUUCCAAGGAGCAAAGAAAAGCAGGUACAUCCACCAGGUGUAUUGCUGCCAGCAUCCUCACUGAAAGGAGAUAAUCUGGGCUCCGUGUCAGUUCGUUCUAAAUUUAUAAAUUCUCCAGCAGCGUCUUCUCAUCUUAAAGUCAAGUCUUCAAAAAGCAUAACAAAGAAACCACAUGCUCCUUCAAACAAUGUAUCAUCUUCACUUGCUUCCUUAAAUCCAGUAGAUAAAAACACUUCUUCACCAGCUUUAUCAAGAACUGCGUCUUGUGUAUCUAAGUCAUUGAGAAAAUGUAUCACAUCCCCCAAUACUCCUAAAGCCAAGGUUAUUCCAGCCCAGAAUUCAAGAGAUCUGCCUGAAUCUACACUUUUGCCAAAUAAGUGUUCUGGAAAAAUUGAAUCAAAGUAUUUGAAACACAAUCAUAAUUCUUCCAGGGAUGAUGCAGUAUUUCACUCAGCUGCACAUUUAAAUUCAUCAUCUAAGUGUCCAAAACAACCCAAAGCAAAUUUUUAUGUAAGGCCUAAACCUUCUCCUUCUUUCCAGUCCCCUACAAAAAUGACAAAACCCAGUUCCAGAACCAUAGCCACAGGUCUAGGAACGCGGUCUCAGCCAUCUGAUGGAGUCCUACAAACAGGGGCAGUCCCUGCACAGAAACUUAAAUCAGCCUUAAAUUUAAAUCAGCCAGUUUCGGUAUCUUCAGUUUCUCCUGCAAAAGUUGCACAGGAAUUGAAAGAUAAGAAAAUAGUUUCAGUUACCAAAAAGCAGGCUCAGAAUAAAAGCUCAUGCCAGAAGACAGGACUGAGCUCCUCAAAGUCUCCUGGCCGUACUCCACUGUCCAUCAUGAGUCUUCCUCAGUCUUCUGCCAAAGACCAAACUGCACCAAAGUCAACACAGACUGCCACUAAGGGCCAGUAUUCAGCUAAAGGGCCUCCCAAAAGUGGAAAAACCCUAGUUUCUACCAGGAAACCAUCUUCAUCUGGUAAGGAAGCAGAUAGUGGAGAUAAGAAACCUACUGCAAAGAAAAAGGAAGAUGAUGACCAUUAUUUUGUUAUGACUGGAAGUAAGAAACCUAGAAAAUAA